GUUCCAUCUAGUUCUGCUGCUACACAUCUUUGAGCCACACUUCUCCUCAUUCAUUCAUAAGUACCGAAGCAGGGUUCUUUUUUUCUCUAAAAAUGUCAUAGCAAGCUGAUUGGGGAAGAACCAAGGGGACUGGAUGCUCUAGAAAAUUAUAGAUCUUACCACAUGAAACUAUUUGCUACAGCACCACCAAAUCAGAGAGAGAGAGAGAGAACAAAUACUGAAACAUGCAGAGCUAUUAGCCUGAGAAGUCAGAAAGGGGAGGAGAGAGUGAUCAUUUUUAUAAACAAAACCCUCCCUCCGAAUUCUAAAACUUGGAACACUUAAGUAACACAGAACAUGCUGUGGAUUUAUGCUUGCUGAAAGAUUGCUUUGAUCCAGACAUUGACAUAAAGGGGAAUAUUGGAUCUUUGGAGGGAAUGCACUAUACAGAGCUCAAGAACAAGACACUGCUAGUCUGUACGUGAGUGGCAUGGCAUCAAAUCACAGCACUUCGCCCCAAGAUGACCAUCUUCCUCAUUACCUCCAGGAUGAAGAUCCCUUUGCAUCAAAACUCUCUAGGGAAGCUGACAUAGUAGCUGGAUUUUAUUUAACAAUAAUUGGGGUCCUUUCAACUUUUGGGAAUGGCUAUGUUCUUUUUAUGUCCUUGAAACGGAAAAAGAAGCUCAAACCCGCUGAGAUAAUGACUGUCAAUUUAGCCAUGUGUGACUUGGGGAUUUCAGUUGUAGGAAAACCAUUUAGUAUUAUUUCCUUCUUCUCUCACCGAUGGGUGUUUGGCUGGCUGGGCUGUCGUUGGUAUGGAUGGGCCGGCUUCUUCUUUGGCUGUGGAAGCCUUAUCACCCUGACAGCUGUCAGCCUGGAUAGAUACCUGAAAAUUUGUCAUUUAACUUACGGAACCUGGCUUAAGAGACAUCAUGCCUUUAUCUGCCUGGCAAUAAUUUGGGCCUAUGCUACAUUCUGGGCUACUGUGCCAUUUGCUGGUUUGGGGAACUAUGCUCCUGAGCCAUUUGGAACCUCGUGCACUCUGGAUUGGUGGCUGGCUCAGGGUUCAGUGGCUGGACAGGCAUUUAUUCUGAAUAUUCUUUUCUUCUGCCUCUUGCUCCCAACUGCAGUGAUUGUGUUUUCCUAUGUUAAAAUCAUUGCAAAAGUCAAGUCUUCUGCCAAAGAAGUUGCUCAUUAUGACACCAGGAUUCAAAACAGCCAUGUACUGGAAAUUAAAUUGACCAAGGUGGCAAUGUUGAUCUGUGCAGGAUUUCUAAUUGCCUGGAUCCCAUAUGCCGUGGUAUCCGUGUGGUCAGCUUUUGGACAGCCAGAUUCAGUGCCCAUUCAAGUUUCAGUCAUCCCAACCUUGCUUGCAAAAUCGGCAGCUAUGUACAACCCAAUUAUUUACCAGGUCAUUGAUUGUAAAUUUUCCUGUUGCCGCUCAUUGCAGAAGAAGAGCUCCUUGAAGAAAUCCAGGCUAUAUACGAUAUCUGGAAAUAGAGAGCCAACAGAAAUGAACGAAACCCACCUGGAGUUGUGACAGCAUAUGGACAGGUGUAUGGAAACAUGCUGACAAUCAUUUUCUUCUCAACUUCUUCCUUUGCAAAUUAGUUAAAAUACAGAUUUAUUUUGGUAUUUCUUUUCCCCUCUAACCUACAUACCAUGGGAUUUUUCACCCUAUCUGGAGUAUCAACAUUAGAGCUGGGCAAAUAGAAGAAAAUAUAGAGAAUAUUCAUUUCAAUUAAAACUGUGAAUUCACUUUGGCUGGAUUCAUAACCCUUUUUAUUUAUUUUCUGUGCACAUUCAUAUGAAUGACUCUUUUUCUUCAUGGAAAGUGAGAGUCUCAUGAGUACCCAUGCUAUGCAUUUGUAAGGCUAUCUUGAAAUCGCUUGAUUUCCCUCUUCCUGUUUAUCAACUUUAUCCAAUCCAAGGAGCAGAAUCCUUGAAGGAAAGGCAACAUUUAAGAGAGAAGUUCAGCUAAUAGCCUGUUUGAGAUGAGUUGUUACACCCAGACUAUAGAAGACGUGGUGCUUGUCAUUCCACAGUUGCACUAUAAACAGUUCUCACUGUAUCGGUUGAUUUUCAGACAAGGGACUGAAAAGUGUAUGUUGUAGAUCCUGGGCUGGGAACAAGGGAAAAUACAAUUUCCCCUUUUAAAAUAGUUAAGUAAGGAAAUGAGUUGAGGAAGUUCUGGAAGAGCCUUGUGGUAGGCUCUUCUAGGGAAGCUGGGAUUCCUCUCCCCCUUUCCCCCCCCCGAAUAAUUUCAGUAUGACCAACACUGCAUUUUGCACAGUGCAACCUACUGACAGCCAAAUCCAGGCUUCCAUUUGCCGACGAAACGAUUCUGCAGCUCUUAAUCAGUCCUUACUCAUGUCCAUGGAUGUUUAGCCUAACUAAGGACUGACUGCGACCUGCAGACUGUGGCCCUACAAAUAGAGAUUUGUUAUAUGUGGGUUCAUGAUAGUGGUGAGAGUUACCAGCAUUCUGACCAAAUUCCAACAAGGUUGGUUUCAUGGUUCCUGCCUAAAUUUCUCCUUCAGUUUCAAACUUUUCUUCUUCACUUCUUUCCCUGAACAAUUAGCUGUGUUACUAUACAUUGUUAAAUAGCUGUUGUGUCACCCCAGAGGUGGCUGCAUUUUGGUGAUAGGUGAAGCAUGUGUUCAAGUGCAGUCCUAGAUAGAGAUGUUUUCCUGAUUCAGGGCCUGAAGUAUUAAGUGUAUAAUACUCUAAUUUAAAUACAGGUAACUUAUGUAAACCCUAAUAAGGCCUUCUAGCUCUCAUCCAAUUAAUAGAUUUUAAGGCAAGAUGGAACUAGUAGAUUAUCUAUUCUAUUACAGGCCAUGGUAUUUCACCUAUUUAUUCCUGCACUGAGCACAACAAUUUGUGUUGGACUAAAGCACAUCUUCCAGAAAGACAUCCAGUCUUGAUCUGAAGAUGACAAGAGAUAGAGGAUCCACCACUUCCCUUUCUUGCUUGUUCCAAUAGUUGAUCAUGCUCACCAUUAAAAAUAAAAUUCAUAUUUCACAAGGACAGUGUAUGAAAAUCUUAUAAAACUUCCUCAUAAGAUCCACACUUGUGAUUGUUGUAAUCUGGGCUGGGACCCAAAUACUUGAGUCAAAUUACUGAAAAAAUAAAAGCAAGUCAGUAUGAAUGAGUGUGAAAUAUGACUCUGAAAGACCUUUUUAUGAUAUUUUCAGUAAUUCAGUGUCUUAGCUAUGUUAAGGAACUUCUUGGUUUUAUGCAUAAAUAUUAACACAAAUGCUGAAUAAAUAUUAUAAAUAAUAUUAUACAUUUACAUAUCUCAUUAGAUGCCUUAUAUGCACACUCAGAUUAAACUGUCCCAAUUCAAAGUGAUGUCAAGUAAAGUCAUAAAAACUUAAACUUGCUUCCAAUGCCUCCUGGAUAAAGAAAAUUAUUGAAUUCCAGUCCUAAACAGGACAGCAUUAUCCUUUAAUAUUUACCUAUCUUGGGCACCUCAGUUGGCUCAGUGAGAUCUAGCCCUGCUGUCUAUUUCAAGGUUACAGUUCAGCUUGCAGAUGGUAAAGUCACACAGACCAUAUGGAUGUGAAGACUUUUUGAUUAGCUUGUUAUGUAGACAUAGACAAUGGAGAAAAUGGAACCCAAACAUAAAGUUGUAAGUACUUCCCGUACAGAUUUCAAAGGCUACUGAAAGCUCAUCUUGGAAGGAUUAGCUUUUUAUCCGUAAACGUCGAUUUCACCAUACCCACAUAAACCGACGAAAAAAAUGUUUCCAUAGAUGACAUUUACAGAUAGGCAAAGUAAGAAAAAUGUUAUUUGAGAAUUUAUUAGUGUUUGAUUUAAGGAUAUUGACUUUGUACAUUUUGACAUGUGAUGUUGACAAUUUGUGUUUUAACAGUUAUAACUCUAACUUUUUUAAUCUCGAUAUGUAUUGUCAUUAAACAAUUCCUAUCUGAUCCCUGUACUUCCUGGCCCUUCCCCUAAUUUCCCACAAUGGUGAACAUUUAAAUUGAUAAAAAUAGAAAAAAAUGCUUAAAACCCAUAAUUUUGUACAUCUGUAAAAAUGUAAAAUGAUAAAAGGCUUAACAAUAAACACCAAUAUUAUAUGUCAAAAUUAUAAAAAAAUAAAAAUUGAAUUCUGCCAAGGUUUCUGAUGUAGCAAGAGAUACCAGGGCUGGCAGAAGAUUAAACAGAAACUUUUAUGUUAUCCAAAAAAUUGAAGAAAGCAAUGCACUGAAAUGUAAAAAGUUAACAGUAUCCCCAGCCUUUGAAGAUUUUGAAAAGUGUCUGCUCAUACAGUGUAAGCAGAAUUGAAGCAAAGGUUCCCAUCCAGGGCAGUGGAAGAAGCAUGUGAAACCCUGUUGCUUGGUUGAUUUACUUAGCACGGGUGCUUGAUGCCUUUGAUUCUGUUUUGGACUUUUGACACUCCCCCCUCCUCCCUUUGGAACUUGCAAGUGUAGUCAGCAUUGACCCCACCAUUUUGAUCUGAUUUACACUCAAGAGGCAAAUUUAUACCAGCUGAGAAUCUUCUCCAACACUGUGGAGAAUCAGGCUUCCUGAAUUCAAUGGAGUUACUUUUGAUUUACAUCGGUGUAAAUAGAGACUGCCCCAUUGCAUGUAGUUCUGGUCCCCAUGGUUUAGCAAAGAUAUAGGGAGGGAAAGGUGGAAAAAUGCUACGGUAAAAGCAACGUAGGCUCUGAGGAGAAACCGAUACGGUUAAGUUGAAGUAGUCUCGAAUAGAGAUGGCUUGGAGUGAUUUGUCAGUCUCUAUAUAAGAUGAUAAUGCAAAUGAAGGCAGGGAAUUAUUCACAGUUUCAGAAGAUAGUAGAAUAAAAAACAAACAAAUCCUGAUGCUAAAGAAGGAAAAGUUGAGCUAAACAGUCUCAGCUACAAGAGCACUUGAGCAAUGGAACAGGCUCCCAAGUGAAGCCGUUGGGGCACCGUUUCUGUGGAUAUUCAAGAACAGAUUAGAUAACCCACCAGUGGUGUCUUUAUUAUAAGGAGAGUCAGUAGCGACCCCUGUGUAUAGGUCGCUAUAUUGCACACAAUGAAGUCAUCUUCUUGUGAACUCGCAUGCAGUGCAAUUGCAACUCCAUUUAUAGUGAAGUAGAGUGAAGGUUAGAGGUUGUUGCAAAGCUCUGAGGUGUGCAAAGUCAGUUAGGGUUCACUCUGCUUAGAGUUACUUUUCUGUGAAAGAACUGGCUUCCCUCAAUAAAGUUCCACUUAUUGCAUACAGGAUAUUUAUUGGUAGCGCCAAAUAUGCAACACGUGUCAUUCAGGCUGAGAUGAAAUAUUGCAAUUUAUGAUAUAACCCUUACUUUGAAAUGUGACAAAAUAUGUUCUCUGCCUGAUACUUAUAUUGUGAAGUUGUUAUUAUUAAUAUUAUUUAUUAUUUGUGUUACCACCUAGGAGCCCUAGUUAUGGACCAGGAUCCCACGGUGCUAGGUGCUGUACAAACAUGGAACAAAAAGACAGUGCUGGCCCCAGUGAGCUUACAAUCCAAGUAUAAGACAAGAGACAACAAAUGGAUACAGACAGAUGGGGGAGUACAAACAAAUAAUGAGACAAUACUUUUGUUAUAUCUCAGAUCUGGAUACACUUAAAUAUUUUGGGGGGAGGUGGUGAUAAAAUAGGUAGACAAAUGGUUUUUGAUGACAGCCCUAUUUUCCCCCCUGAUAUGUGCCUGAGUGAGAUGGGACAAAGCUCCCCAACAUCAGUGAAAAAUAGGCCCAUCUCACACUGAUCCCUAAACUCAACAUGUUUAAACCAGGGCAUUUUCAACAAUGCCAGUGACUGUUGAGAGUACAAUUGUAUGUACAGCAUGUUAUGUUUAGAAACCACUAGGCUCAUGUAUAUUGUAACUGAAGGGGAAAAUAAAUGGUAGAAAAUGACAUGA